AUGAGAAAUGUAUUCGUGAUCUUAGCACUUUUGUUUUGUGUUGCCAAUACAAUAGACAUGGGUGAAGAACUGAUGAAAAGGGAAAUAUUAACCAAGAUAGUUGAUUAUGCUGGUAUAGAAAUGCCUCAUGAAUUACACUUACUUUGUUUACCAUGUAAAUUAAUGAUGAAGUAGGUUCAAAAGUUUUCAUCAACCAUUCUCUUAUCAACAAUUAAAAAAGAAUGGACACUUCUUUGUCCAAAAUUUAAAGAUGCAGCCUUUUGUGAAGGAAUCAAUUAGACAUUCAUCGAUUAAUUCUCUGUACAUUUUUUGAACAAUUACCUAGCACCUUCAAAUGCAUGUCAGAAUUUAGGAGCCUGUAAAUUGGAACAUGAACCAUAAACAAUUAAGGAUUAUAUAAACGAAGUCAUGUCAGACAAGCUCUCAAGAGAAGAACAAAGACAAUGGCAAGUGCUGGCUGAAGAAAACGUUUUAAAUUAAGAAGAUUUCACAAUUGCUUAAUUUGCAGAUUUACACAUUGACGUAGAAUAUUCAGUUGGAGCUAAUGCCUUUUGUGGAGCCCCCUUCUGUUGCAGGGAUGAGAAUGGAAAACCAAAAGAUCCAAGCAAAGGGGCUUAAUAUUGGGGAACUUAUGCACAAUGUGAUUUGCCAUUUAGAACAAUAUAAGAUCUGAUAAAAUUCACAGGAGAGAAAAUCAAGCCAGAUUUCAUCAUUUGGACAGGAGAUAGCACAUCACAUGAUGUUUGGCAUCAAUAAUAGUGGAAUCAAACACUACCUACGAAAAUGAUUACUGAAGAAAUCAAGAAGCAAAUACCAAAUUCAUAAUUGUAUGCAAUCUAUGGAAAUCAUGAGGGUUACCCAGCUGAUCAAUAUGAUAUGAUCGGAGAGGCUACAUAAUGGCUAAGAGAUGAAGUGGCUGACAUGUGGAAACAAUACUUAACACAAGAUGCAUACUAUCAAUUAAGAAGAAAUGGCUACUAUUCUUAGGUGGAGGAAUCAAGAAAUCUCAAAUUCAUUGCCUUGAACUCUCAAACUUGUGAUUUACUCAACUUCCAUUUAAUGGAUGGCAUCACAGAUCCAAGAGGAAUGCUCAAAUGGUUAAUCUCUGAACUCAAAGACUCAGAAGCCAAACAUUAAUUUGCUGUGAUCUUUGCUCAUAUUCCACCUGGUGAUACUUUUUGUAAUUCUUUAUGGGCUGACAGAUUUAGUGUUGUAAUUGAGAGAUUCGAACAUGUUGUGACUGGAAUCUUUUAUGGACAUACUCAUUAGGAUCAUGUUUAACAUAUAAGAUCUAAAAUUGAUGGUAGAUAUGUUAAGACUUUGUUUAUUGCUCCUUCUGGAACUACAUUUUCAUAUUAAAAUCCCUCAUUUAGAGUCUUUUAAUUCAAUGGCAAAAAUAACCAAGUUUAAGAUUAUGUCUAAUACAGAUUAGAUCUAGCCAAAGCCAAUAAGGAUGGAUAAAAUGCAAUCCUGAAUUGGGAAGUUGCAUAUCAUUUCUUAGAAUACUAUGGAUUAGAAAGUGCAUCAUUGGUCCAUGUUUCAUCACUCCCAUAUAGAUUAGCACAUGACGAUGAAUUAUUAAAGAAAUAUAUCUACAGCUAUUCAACAGGAAGCGAAGUUUUAUAUAAAUAACACCUUAAAGACCUCAAAAAUUUAUUCCUUAAAAAGAGUACUAAAAGCUUUUUCAUUUGUGGAGCUGAAACAUCAACAUUAGAUGAUUGGUACGAAUGCAUUGGGUUCUUUGAAAAGUUUAAGGAAUCCUCUUUCCUUACUUUUAAAUUAUUAGAAAAGUUUAUUGGUAAAUGGCUCAAAGAAUGA